AUGUUCUACCUCUACCACCGGCUAGGGAUUCAGUCCAAUGUCCUGGUUUCGGCUCGCUAUGCUGCUGCCCAGCCAGGCAGCCAGCGUCUCGUCCUUUCCGAAGAAGCGGUCUUCACUGCUCUGCACGCCCUUGUCUCCAAGUACCCGGAACUGGCCCUAGUCGGAGUAGUAGAGUCGGUCAAAGACAAGAAGCAUCUUCUUUCUCUGGCGUCGCUGAACACCGUAGACCUCGACUCGUGUGUCGAGUUCAUCGGCGAGGAGCAGGCGGUGGACGCGGAAUUCCUCGAAGCCCUCCACGCCCAGUGGCAUUGGGCAGAUGCAGAAGUCAAGCCUGGCAAGCCGUUGUGGAAGGUCAUCGUGGUCGGGCAUCGGGACGUCGUAUUCGUGUUCCAUCACCUCGUCUGCGACGGCGCAUUCGGGAUGACGUUCCACCGCGAGUUCCUUGCCGCACUCAACGCCGCGGCGACUUCGAAAGCCAACUCGGCGCCCUCGCAUACGGUUCACUUAGACGCCGAACGCGUGAGACUGAGCAAGAGGCUCGAAGACACGAUUCACAAGAAGCCGUCGAUACUCGGCGUCAUGUACAACCUGUUUUUGUUUCUCUUCUAUCGUUUCUUUUACGCCAAGAAGCUCUUCUUCGUCGACUUCCCGAAGCCAAAGGCUAUUCUCACGGAUCCGAUGAUCAUCGCCCAAUCCGCAGAUCGAACCGCCACCAAGGUAGUCACAUGCCGCAUUCCCGCUGAAAAGACAACAGCCAUUAUCGCUGCCUGCCGCGCGCAUGGCACGACAUUUACACCGUUCCUGGCUGUCAUGAUCGCGGGCACGCUGGCGACGGACUUCUACCCAGACGCCGAGGUCGGGUUUACCCGGUACGCUGUGGAUAUGAGGGCUACAGGGUGCUUCAAGACUCAAUCCGAAGACGAGGGAAAACUGCUCAACCUGGCCGCAAGCCUCCCGGAACUUGAACGGUUGAAGAAAUACCGCCAGGCGUUCCCCAAGUCGGCAUUACAGGGCGGGAAGCAGCAGGUAGCCAUCGACGCCAAGGCCGUGUGGGCGCUCGUCCAAGAUUACGGGAGACGGAUGAAGGAGUCGUGUGCCGGAGGCGAGGAGUCCCACCUCUACAAGGCUUGGCUCAGCGGCAACGCGCUAGGCCCAUCGCUCGAGGACUUUGCGGCCAAGCUUCCGAGCAUGGGCUUGUUCAUGCAGAACAGCUUCUCCAUCUCGAACCUCGGGGCCCUCCAAGCCGUACCGCAGGGAACGAACCUCGAGGAGCCGGUUGUGAAGAUUGAAGACGUGCAAUUCUCGGCCGGACCUGUCCAGGGGACGGUUGGUUAUCAUGGGAUCGUGUUCAACGUAGCUGGAGCUGCGGGCGGCGAGACUGUCAUCAAUGCUUGCACUGAGAAGGACAUGCCACCAGACGGAAUGUCUCAGGCUGUCCUGGAUGGUCUUAUGGCCCGAAUCGAUGCGUUGCUAUCGUAG